GACUUGCAAAACAAACUGCAGCGCAUUUUGCUACCGACAAGCGAACUGAGCACAUCUUCACAAACCAAAGAAAUCAUAAAGCUUACAAGAUUACAAGCCGAAAGGUGGGGAAUAAAUUUCUGAAUUACUCUGAAAAAAGAAGAAAAGCGACUUAAUAGAGAAAAUGGAGGAGGAACUGGCAAAAGCGUUACAAUUUGCACGGCAGGCCGAGAAUACGCAACAGAAGCCGGCAAUGGUGUCUAACAUCGGGUCGACUCCGAUGCAAAUGACGAAAAUUUUUGGGGGAGCGAAUGACGCGAAGCGUAUGAGUUUUGACGAGAGCAUGCCACAAUACAGUACUUCGCCGUUGUCCUCUUUCCUCUCCCACUCUCCGGGAGGCACCCAGUACCCGGGAGGUUACAACCCUGCCCGACGAGAUAGCUUGAAGAAUAUGUGGACUACGCAGGAUUUUGGGACGAUGGAUUGAGGUGAAAAGUUAUCCAGAAAUAAAUUCAAUCAGGAACAACGGUGUGACUUUUUCGACUCGGUGGAAAAUAAAAAUGGAAAUGAAGAUGUCUUCGUGACUUGGUGUUUUUCUAGAAUAUUUUAAAAAAUGGGGGGGAUAAAAAUAGUGCGUUUAUAUUUGUAGUUAGACCCACCACCACCCGUGUAGAAGUUAGUUAAUUAGUUAGUUAAUUGUAUAGUUAGAAAUUUAAUUAGUGUGUAAUUUAAUUAUAUGAGUAGAAUUUAGAAACUGGACUGAAUUUAUAUACACAUUUUUGACUUGGAGAAAUCGAUCGAUGGUGUUUAUUACUUACUUAUUUGUUGUUUUAUUUAUUUCUUGAUUAAAAUAAAAUAUGUUUCCGUUUCAAGAUUUUAUUUUA